AUAAUUACAUUGAACUGCACUACUGAACUAAUGAAAUAAAUUAGAAUGAGAAAAAAUAUACUUGUCUUACUUUAACUUAUUGCACUAGUUCAGUAAUGCAGUUUAGUGCAGCUAUAAAGAACAAACUACACAUGUGCACAAAUCAUAUAAAUAGCGUUUUCGACCGAAACUGAGUCUACUCUGGAUUAACCCGUCUCAGAUUCUUUUCUUUUAGAACUGGUCAAUUACAGUUAUUUCAUUCUUCAAAAAAAAAAGGCUGUGGUGAUUGGCUUUAUAACGUUAUUAAUCACUCCCAGAGCGAUUAAUUCAAGUCGGUCGAAAAUACUAAAAAUGUGGCUGCUCUUUGACAAAUUAGAAAUUUGUUCUAAAAUUUUAAUCUUCCAUUACUCCCAUGGAAUAUGAAAUAAACGUUCAAUUCAAUUUGAUUUUUAAAAAUUGCAUAUAUAUGUAACAAAAGUUAAUUCUGAAACUUUCUGACUUUUUACUUACAGCCUUUUAAAUUACAUUUGUACAGUUUUCUUAAUUUCGUUUUAAUAAAGUUUUCGUUAAAAAUUUCAACUGUGUAUAUUUGUCAAACAUGUAGCGGCGAAAAAAUUUACAGUAGGAAGUAAAAGGAUAUUUUAAACUCUGAAUUUUCAAGAUUGUACAGGUAUUGGCAGGAAUGGUGUCCCUUGAUAAACUUCACUUUUUUUCUUUGCUAAGGAUGCAAUGUUCCAACUAUGCCUGGAGCUGUGUGGAGUUUGGCAAGGUUCCUUUGUAGAUUAAAAAAAUAUACGAAAAGAAUUUUAAUUAACUCAAAGAUUAAAAAUGAAACAUAACGUGUCCCUUCCCCUACAUCCAUGUAUAAAAAAUUAAAAUAUAUUCUAUCUCUGUAGCACCUAACAAUGUGAAACAAACAACAUAGACUUAAUUGUCCCAUUUAUUUGUGAAAUUAGGUGACAGCAUGCUUAUGUCAUUACAUCUGUAUGACAGAUAUUUUAAUCUAAGUUAUCUUAGUUGUUAACUUUAACAAUAUCUUGUUUUGCAAGAAAGAUUUUUUCAUUUCAUGCAAAACAUGUAGAUUGAUUACAUUUUUAUCAAAAUUUAAAAGAAAACUAUCAAAAUUCUUCUCGCAAAUGUCGUUUUUAUCUAAAAGAAAUUUAUUUUCAAAAUUUUAACUAAAUCAGCGUAUGGAUGUUUUUAAAAGAACAGGCAUAUUCUUUUAAUCCAUAGAAAUAGAAAAAGAUAAAGGAAUAUAAAUCGAGAUUAAAGUUCCUCUACAGUGGUAGUAAUAGAUACUAAUUAUGAUAUAUGGGUCCAGCUCCAAUCUAGCCAGGCACUUUAUGUCUCAUGCUUUCUCUCAUCGCCAAAGAUGCAACAAAUUCUUCUUUGCAACACAUUGAUAUUAAACAAGCCUGACACCAAAGUCAUUUUGGUCAUGGAUUACUUUUGGUUGAUGGCGAAGAACAAGACAUAAGUUGUUGCAAUUGGACAUUGUUUAAGUAGAAAAAGAUAUGUUUUUUUAUGUAUUUAAAUUUGUUAAAGUAGAAAAAGAUAAGAGCAAUGCCCUUUUGCAACACUUACACACACACAACACACACACACACACACACACACACACAUAUAUAUAUAUAUAUAAUAUAUAUCAUCUUACCCCAUGACUGAUAACUUACGUUUGUUACCAUCAGUGUUAAGAAUUUUGCCAAAGGAUCAUUAUAUUAUAUGCAUAUAAAUAUAUUGAAAUAAAAAAGGACUGUUUUAUCAUCUUACUUUGCAAUAGUCUACAUUUUUUUUGUACGGUUAGAAAGAGAAGCAUAAAUUUUGCACAAGUUUCCUCAUUAACCAAGAUUAAAAAAUCAGCGAUUUCUUUUAAUCUCUCUCGAUAAUAGCGAUAUCAAUAUAAUUAUUAUCAAUAAGUUCCGUCGAUUACGCCUAUGUGCAUACAAGGAAACUGGCGCGCACGAGCAAUGCAAAAGUCGUGUUGUCACGUUCACCCUUACGAACGUUUUGCCGCAAAUGCUACGCUGAAUUAGCUUAUCUCUCGGUGAAAAAUGAGUUUGCCCACCGUGAGAGACUAUUGUAUGCUGGAAAAGAUCGGCACUGGAAGCUAUGCGACGGUGUAUAAGGCGUUUAAAAAGGACGGGAACCGAGAGAUAGUUGCCGUCAAAUGCGUGGACAAGAGCUCCCUCUCGAAAUCGGCGGUCGACAAUCUCGUGACGGAGAUCAAACUGUUAAGGGUUCUUAAGCACGAACAUAUUGUGGAAAUGAGAGAUUUUUUCUGGGACGAAGGGCAUAUAUACAUCGUCAUGGAGUUCUGCGACGGUGGGGACUUGUCGAGCUUCAUAAAGAAAAAACACAAGCUACCCGAGAGCACUUGUCGCAGAUUUCUGCAACAACUCGCAUUAGCCCUGAAAUAUCUGCGCGAUCAUAAUGUUUGCCAUAUGGAUCUGAAGCCGCAGAAUUUGUUGUUGAUGAGAAAACCCCAACUAAUGCUCAAAGUUGGAGAUUUUGGUUUUGCGCAAUAUCUCUCAAACUCGGAGCACAAAUUUACGAUACGCGGUUCGCCUCUCUAUAUGGCACCUGAAAUGCUCUUGAAACACAAGUACGAUGCCCGUGUUGAUCUGUGGAGCGUCGGGGUGAUUAUGUACGAAUGCCUUUUCGGGAAAGCACCCUAUUCCAGCGACAGUUUUCAGGAACUAGCGGAAAAAAUCAAAGCUAGCCGACCCAUAGAGAUGCCGAAGGCAGCUCAUGUAUCGACGACGUGUAAAGAUUUACUUAUGUCUCUACUGAAGCACAAUCCUGACGAUCGGAUAACAUAUGAUGAAUUUUUCGCGCAUGAUUUUCUGGACCUGAAGCAUGCGCCUACAAAAGAAAAUUACGAUAAGGCAGUUGCGUUGGUGCACAAUGCCGUUGAAAUGGAUACCGAGAAGAAUGCAAAAGAGGCAUUUUAUCUUUAUUGCGAGGCGCUCAGAUAUUUUAUUCCGAUUUUGACAAACGAGAGUGAUUUAAAACGAAAAGAAGUAUUACGACUUCGCGUCAAUGAUUACAUAAGGAGAGCAGAAACACUUAAAGAGGCGUUUAUAGAUGGAAAUAGUGAAAAACGCGAGGCGCCUGAAAAUACUUUGCCCCUGCAAAGGAUACCGUCCUUAGAGAAAAACUCAACUUUCACCUACAACGAAUUACGAAUUCUCAGUAAAAGUACUACGAGUAUGAUGGACGCGCUUGAAAUAGGAGAAGCUGCCGAGCAAUAUCUCGCCGAGGGUAGUUAUGCUCUGGCUCUAGAAAAAUUUCAAUCCUGUUUAGGUAUACUUGUGCCUCUAUUGGGUAAGGAACCGAUAGGUCGAAGAAGAGAUUUAUUGCAUAAGCAGGUACAGAUUUGGAUGAAGGAAGCUGAAAGUACUAAAGGACUCUUGGCUACCAAGGAUAUAGAUUCCUUACAACGAGCACCUGAUGAACAAUGUGUAUUACAAUAAUUCACAUAUUGUAUAUAAUUAAUGUUAUAAAAUAAUUCUCAUUUUGUCAAUAGUUCUGCACCAUUGUAUAAACUCGCCAUUUGCCUUUGCAUUAUUUAAUCAAUUAUAAAAUAAACAAUAAUUAUAUAUUUGUUAUAA